AUGGCAUCAAUUGAUUAUGAUUCGUAUGCUAGAACAGUUUGUAAUUGGUACAAUGACGAAGAUUUCAUUGGGAUGAGAACGAUCCCGGAACUCACGAAGAUCUUGGACCUUUGCGUUUUAUCGCCAAAACAAUUUAAUACAAUAUUUGAAAUCAUAAGUAAUAAAUUUAACAUUUCAGAAGCAUUAUGUAUCCUACAACAUUCUCAGAUUGGUGCGCUUGAAAACGUUGAAUUGGCAAUUGGUUUAUUGGAAACUAUUUCAAGAAUUUUUAACAUCAAAAUAAUUCACAAUAUUUGCACAUAUUUAAAAAGAGAAAAUUCACGUGAUAAAGCAAAAAUUGGAAACUAUCAAUCGAGAAUAUUGAAAUAUAAUAAAAAUGCUGCUGAUUUUGAGAAAAUUUACGCAGUUCUAAGGCUUGCAUCAGAAGAUAAUGAUCAAAACACUUUAAAUCUGGUGUCUGAGUAUGGAUACAUUAAUGUGAAAGAUGAGAAUGGAAAGACAUGUCUUCAUCAUGCGGUUUAUGAAAAUAAUCUCAAAUUACUAAAAUAUCUUUGUUCUACAAGAAACAUUGAUCUUAAUGCAAAAGAUUCAUAUGAAAAUUCAGCUCUGCAUUAUGCAAUUCAAAAUCAAUACAACGAUUGUCUCCAAUAUCUCUGUUCGCGUCCAAAUAUUGAUAUUAAUGCCAAAGAUAUGUCUGGUGAAACAAUUCUACAUCAUGCAAUAAAGAAUAAAGAUCUCCAAAGUAUUUAUUACAUUUGUUUAAUAAAAAAAUUUAAUAUUAAUGCAAAAAACAACGCAGGAAAAACAGCUCUACAUUAUGCAGCUUUUGUAAAUGAUACAAACAUUCUUCAUUUUAUUUGUUCAAAACCAAAGAUCAAUAUUAAUGAAAAAGCAAACUCUGGAAUGACAGUUCUUCAUUAUGCAGCCAAAAGAAGAGAUUUAAAUAUGGUUAAAUACCUCUUAUCUUUUUCAAACAUCGAUCUUUAUGCAAAAGAUAAUAACAAUCAUACAAUUCUUCAUUAUGCAGCUCUGAAUACUGAUGUUGAGGUCAUCAAAUAUCUCUACUCUACUUUUAAUCUAAGUAUGAAUGCAAAAGAUAAUUAUGGUAAAAAUCCUUUUGAUUGCGUACCAUCUAAUAACAAUAACAAUUUUGUAAAGAAAUAUAUUAGCCAAAUUUUAAAUAUUGAAUGGUCGCCCUAUCUCGGGAGUUUAAGCUAUUACAGACCUGAUGAAAUAAAAUAUAGUGAAGAACGUGGUUUUUAUUCGUCCAAUGACUUUACGGAAAAAUAUUGA